CUUGCCGAACACCGCUGAUAAGAUUCGGGAAUCAUGAUUUUCGGAAUAGCCGUCCAAAGGAUAAUUCGGCAAUCCGUGUUCCGCCAACAUAGCGGUUUCCGAAGAAUCAGUCCACUUUGUACUUCGACAGCGAUUUGGCAGACGGCUAACAAGGAAUAUAGCAAAAUGACGUACCAGAUCGUAGAGAGAGGUUCGCCCAACACGAUUGACUACAAAUUGUACAUAAAAAAUGAAAAAGGAAUAGUUUCACCAUUCCACGAUAUUCCAUUGCUGGCUGAUAAUACAGGCAAAGUAUUCAAUAUGGUAGUUGAAAUACCUAGAUGGUCAAAUGCCAAAAUGGAGAUCAAUACAAAAUCUGCCUUAAACCCUAUCAUUCAAGAUACGAAAAAAGGAAAAUUACGUUUUGUAUCAAAUGUGUUCCCACACAAAGGCUACAUAUGGAAUUAUGGUGCCUUGCCUCAAACCUGGGAAAACCCGGAAUUGCUUGACGAACAUACAGGGUGCAAGGGGGAUAAUGAUCCCUUAGAUGUACUUGAAAUUGGGUACAAAGUAGCUAAACGAGGUGAAGUACUUAAAGUUAAGGUAUUGGGAACUGUCGCAUUGAUUGAUGAGGGUAAAUAUUAUAAUUUAUGUUACACAUUCAAACACCUAUUCUGUAUUCAUAUUCAAUGAGAUAUUAUAGACAUU